CGCCUCUCACAUGUGAGAGUAUGUUGCGCGAAGCGGUGAGAUGAUUGUUGUGGGUGAUGGAAGACCAUGAAAGAUUUUAUGAGGGAUGCAACCGUGAAGGACCCUUACGAUGUAUAUUUCUGUGUGAAUUCCAUCAUGUGGCAGGACCUAAAAUAGCGUGCCAAGUCCCUGAAAAUUAUAUUUCUAAGGACUUUUUUGAUGCAGUGAGUGUCUACAUAAUACCAAAGGCACAACUCCAAAGGAGUACCAUUACAGUUGUAUUGUACGAUUUGAAGGUGCUUGGCUUUCCAGUUCGAAUUGACAACAAAAAAUAUGCCAGAAAUGCUUACCAUUACAACUUGUGCUUUGUAUGUGAUGCAUGGGCCCGCACUGUCCAAUAUGAACCUGUUGUUAAGAAGCUAGCAGAUUACUUGAUGGCCAUGGAAGUUGAAAAUCAUUUUCUGUCCAAAUAUAAUCAGAAAGCAGGGGAUCAUGGAAGGCUUGUGCGAAUGUUGAGACAGAUUCUCCAUGAUCUGAAUACUCAUCGAAUGUGCACAUUGACUGAGGGUACCACAACAACACACCUUAAAGUGAUUCGCAUAUCUCAUGAUCCUGAACCUGUAGAAGAUCAUCAUGUCCCAAUAUUCAUUCAAGAUCAGAACACGUUCCGUUCAGAGCAAUGGGACCUCACUACAAACCAAGUCCUUCCAUACAUUGACGGGUUUAAUCAUGUUGCUAAAAUUGCAGCUGAAGCAGAUGUGGAGAACAAUCUUGUUAAGGCAUGUGUUCAAAAUUUGGUAUAUUAUGGCGUUGUUACAUUAGUACCAAUAUUCCAGUAUUCAAAUGUCUAUGCAGCAACACCAAAAUUGAAGUUAUUGGCUGAAGAUGCAGACCUUCAGGAAAGAUGCCUCAAGUUUGUAUCACGAUCAGUAAGGCAGCUGCCACUCUUCAGAGAUGUCUUUAGGAUGUAUGCAGGUAUGAAUGUGGGGACAACCAUUAGAGACUUGUGCAUUCGCUUCGGCCCACAUCCUCGCCAAAUAAAUGAGAGGAAGCUUGUCCAAUUCGGAGUCCUGGAAGGUCUUAUCAGAAGAAUACACAAGUUUCCAGUGCACAUUUUGGCAUCAGAGUGUUCAAGUUCUGCCUCCAGCUUAUCACAGACUCGAUCCCAGCAAUACCAGCCCUAUCAACAGCGGCAAGAGGAGCGACCUCAGCACAUUCCAAUGGUAUUCACUGGUGUCUCGUGUGAAGAUGAGAUCUGUUGUUCUUUAGGCAUUAGCACCCUGCAGCUGGAAGAAGAACUUGAUCAGGAUCCAGGGAUUGCAGUCAUUUGGAAGUAAACUUGGAAUCCUAAGAAACUAUGAAAGUUUUGUGUUUAAGAAUUUAUUUUGAGUCUGUGCCAACAGUUGUUAAACAGCUUACACAGAUGUUGAGCCACAGUCUUUAGUUCUUCAGGCUAUCGUGAAAUCCAGUUUUUGUUGAUAAUUAUUUCCUCUUUGUUGCUUGCUUCUGUGGUAGUACUGUUACCACAGAAAGAUCAUACUGACAUCAAAUUUGUACAUGAGAACAAUGAUUGCAAUAAUUAGAACGUAAAUGUUGGAGAACUGAGGACAUUAAUUGUUGAGGUGUAUACUUGGUUGGCCAUCUCAUGUCAGUACACUAACUCCAAAAAAUUUGGCACAUUCAGCUGUUGAGUUAGAUGCUUCUAUGAAGAUUACUAACUGUUUAUUGGAUGAAAUUAAUAUUACUAAUGUGUGUGGCACAAAUGAGAGCUGUCUUGAGGUAUGGCAGCAAGCAAAUUUCAGAAACUGAAUGGACUGAUUUUUAUGGCAGUUACCAAGGGCUUUUUUUCCCCUUAAGACAGAGGGAAUAUUACAAGACAUGUGUGACACUAUUAUUGUUCAUAUGACAUAGUAGCAUUAAAAAUGAUAAAUUAUUCAAAAGAUGAGAAAUCUGGAAAAAAUAAUGGUUUACAAUAUGUUAUAAUAAAAUAGCAAGAUCAAAGUUUCAGUGAAGGAUCACAACGUAUUUUGCUGUUGUCUUUGAUCACUGUUGAAAGCCAUAUUAGAUAAGGAAUAGCUGCUUUACCUGUUAGUGGAGGGGCAUGCAGUAAUAUCAGAGCUGUUAUGACUGUCAUCUGACUUUUUGCCUUGCAGCUGUGUGUGCAGCAUUGUACUAUGUAACCGGUUUUGUUUACAGAGAAUUCAUAUAGCCUCCUUUGACAAGGGAGGGUCAGCUCUGUAUCACAUUGUAGUUACUUUACGGAUCAAUGAUUAGCUUGCAACAGAAGGUGACAAUUUCAUAACUCACUAAUGGUUGGAACUAGUAAUAUGACAUACUACAUUAAAAGAUUCAUCUUCACUUACUACUAUAUAUAAAUUUUAUUUGUGAUUAUGUUGCCUUCCACUUUGUCAUAUGUUUAUUUGAUUUUACAUUGAAAGUAGCAUAUGCAUUGAGACUGAUCUUUUCUUUAAGUGGUCAAUUACACUUGGGAGUGCAACACAACAGCUGUUUACAUAAAUAAUUGACAAGACCUUGACCAAGAAUCUUAAUUUAAUUUUAAGUUAACAAUAAUCAGUCAAUUCAGUAGACAUAAUUUGAAAUGAGCACAUGUUUCAAACUUGUGUAAUUUUGAAUUGCCCAUCUGUGACAAAACAUGUCUUUAUCGUAAUAUUUGCUUGUUUGCCAUCCCAGGAUGGAUGUUACAGGUGUAAGUAAUAAGCAAUUUUAUCAAAUCAAAAAGCCUUGAAUAUUGUUGUUCUCUAAUAGUGUGAGGCAUUUUCAGUUAUAUUUUUAAUUACUUGUAAAUAUGUGAAUGGAAUGGUGGAGCAUAAAUUUGAGCUGGAAAAAAAGUUGUAAAUGCAGUUAAUGACAAAGUUAUCACUAGAUGUGUGAUAGGUUCUAAAUAAUGACGUUUGGCUGCAAUAUUCAAGGACCAGAUCAUUUUCACGAUAUGAUGAUGCUUUUAUGGGGUGUUAUCUGGAGGAGGUUCCAGAUUUUUUUAAACAUAUGUGCAAUAUUUUCUUGAGUAGCGAUUUAAUAAAUGAUAUAUCUCUGAGCAUAGUUUUAUGGCUUAGAUUAUGUGUAUGCUUUCAUCGUCAUUUGUGACUGAUUUAUUUAGUCAUUACUGAUGCCACACAGCACUGUUUUUAUUGUUUCUACUCUGUCUAAUGAUACAGUAGAGGAUACUAAAAAGCUAACCUUAUUAAGUUAAAUGAAUUGUAUUUCACAUUUAGGUGGAAUUAUAAAUACUUCUAUGUGCUUUAAACAGAAGCAUCUUGGAAAAACUGUUACGAAAAAUGCUAUCUUGCAAUGUACAAAUAAUAUUCCAUUAGAGUACAAAUAAUUAUAUAUUGAGCUAGUCAUGUUCUUAUUUCUGUUGAAGGUGUAUUUAGACAGGCAUCACAAGAAAACUGAUGUUAGUAAUGCUUGUCUAGAUACUUUGCUGUGACUGUUCGCAUAUGCCACACAAGCUCAGAAAUCUUUGAGUGAAAGUUAGUAUGAGAAGAAAAUAAUUUUGAGUCAGUGUAAUAUAUAUUUUACAAAUAGAUAUAAUCAAUCUCAGUGAAUAUUUUCAUAAACUAUAUUUUAUAUGAUACAAAUUCUUUACUAUAUAUACAUAUUUUUGUUGCAUAUUGUAUUCAUGUUAUAUGUUAAACAAUAUGUUGUUUAACUACCAGAUAAACAACAUUGAAUUAUUGUGAGAGGAGGAUGGCUUUAAAUAUUAGUGACAUUAAAAUACAAUUACCAUGUAAAUAAAUAAAUACUGCUAGACCCAUUAAUUCAUCAAAUGUUUUAUGAAAGAAAAUGGAAUCUGCUGAAUGUCUUACUUUCAGCAAUUUUGUUCCUGGAUAACUAUUCAUUAAGCUUUGACUUGUAUAAUUUCAUACUCAUUUAACUGGUUUUUCAUGUUUGUUUUGAAAGAUUUUAAAAGUUGGACAGAGGUAUUUUCAUCCAAACAGUUUUAAUGCAGAAUGAGGAUAAUAAGAAAAUAUGGGUAACCAUCAACAUCUCAAGAUGGAGUCUGCACCCAGUAAAGAGAUUGCAGAAACAGGGUAGUUACUCUCUUUUACAUUUCAUAUUAGCAACUACCUCCACAAGUGUUCUCCCAUGACUACCAUAGCGGUUACAGUGCGUGGUUUCUGCUUCCACAUUAUUCCAUUUCCAGUGCAGUUUGUGGUGAUUUUUAUACAUCUUAUACAGGCACUAAAGCAGGAGCUGCUGACGAAAAUAGAUCUUCAGCUUUAGAGCCUAGUCCCAGUUAUUUCUGCCCUAUUGGUGACUGACAAGAAAGUGUUUUAUUUUUGUCAGUAAAUGAAAACAUUCAGUACAGAACAACUUAAAGUGCACAUAUUUUUCAAGGUUGUUGUGUUUUGAAAACAUAGAUGGACUAAAUCUAAAAUAAAGAGACAAAAAGAUUUAAAACUGAAACAUAAAGAUUGCACAAUGAACUAUUAGCAGAAACUGAAAACACGGACUAAAAAAGAACUGCUACAGCUACCAACAAACCUCUCACAUGAGAAAUUUCAUCAUUUGUUAAUUAUUAUAUCCCAAUUUACUAUAAAACUUCUUAAUUUUUGUGGGUAUUAUCACAACAGCAAGAAGUAUUGUGAAAUACAUGUUUUGAAUAUCAAAUGGUCAACCUUUAAAUUUUACAAAAUAGAUCAAGUUUGUAAACCUUUCAAGUUACGCUUUCUUGUAAAUUAGUAGGUAAAAAAAAAAAAAAAAAUCGUGGUAUCUACUAGUAGUUACAAAACAUUUUAUUAAAAAAUGUGCAUAUUUUGCCAUUUCCAUAAUUCAUCGAUGUUUCCAGUUACCUUAUUAAAUUACAUGAAGGAUAAUGCAGAGUGUGCAGUAUUGGAAAAACUUUUUUACUGGGCAGCUUGUUCAUUAUGUGUCUAGAUAUAGUUCUAACUUCAAAAUUUCAUAUUUCAUUUACAACUGUCUUAGAUGAGAAAGACUUAAGAGUGUUAAAAAUAAUUUACAAUCAUAGCUGAAAAGAAAUUUUUCUGAAUGGCUUUUAAAUGUACAGUACGUGUUGAGAUUUUUUAAUUUACACAGGGGAUGAGCUUUAAUUAUUGUUGAAAUAAUGUUUGUGUUUACUAAUCAUAGUUAAUAUUUUCAUGUUAUUACAAUAAUAUUGUGUUGUUACCAGUUAUGUUAGCAAUAUCAUCUCUCUUGGAAUAUUUUUAUCAUGUUUGCUCAAUUUUUGUGUGCCAUAUGUUUUGUAUUCUAAAUCAGUCAUUGGCCAUAAGUGAAUGUGUUUUGUUUGCUGCUGUUGCAAAUAGAGCUUCAUACUCCAAAAUUUGCAUUUAAAACAAUGUCAAGUCUGAACAAUGAUGAAUUAGAAGAGAAAAUAAACUAUCUUACACUUGUA